CAAUAGUAUGUUUAUGGCCUUAGUGCUAUAAAGCCGCAAAAUUUCAAACCCCAGUUUCGUAACGUUACCAACACAGUGAGGUUGAGACUAUUUUUACACUAAAAUCAUUGAUUAAUUGAUCGGUUGAAUUAAUACAUUGAACUGAGAAGUUACAGUUCGUUGGAGACCAAGUGAGCCGUGAAUCUAUACGCAUUUCAUCGGGGGAAUUGACUUCAACGACAAUUGCAGCCAAGUGAUCAAGUCGCACACUACAUUUUAUUUAUCCUCUGGACUAAACUUCUCACCUGCUGAUGUCGUGUUCACAGAUUGCAGUAGAGUGCACUAGAGAACGAUUUAGACUUGUAUAUCCCCAUCCUAACGUUUUUUAUCAGUGGAGGUACAUAUGUUUUAGUCGAGGAAAUGCAUUUGCAGUAUAUCGAUGCAUUUUUGCCUCCUUGUUUGCAACUCUACUCAUUUUGGAUUAUAUGUGGAUAAUUCUACGUGAUCCGAAAUUUCCAGACUUUCUAUCCUGGUGUUUGGAUGCAUCUCAGUGGGCUUUGUUAAGCGCAACUGUAUGUUAUAUAAUAUUGGCGUGUAAUGUGGCGUGCAUAUCUAGACGAAAUGAGGAAUCAAACAACGAAACCACUAUCCCUUAUAAAUUUGUUUGGCUAUUAUAUACAUGCAGCGUGAAUUGCGUUUAUUCAACAAUGACACUACAUUGGAUGUUUAUUGGUCGUCAAUCUUCCCUUGAACAAACAUUGAAACAUAGUAUACCUGGUUGUUUAAUAUUAAUGGAUUUAUUUUUAAACAGUAUUCCAUUAUAUAUAUGUCAUGCAUUCUAUCCUGUUAUUGUACAUCUAAUCUAUUUGGCCGUUGUAACAUUAAGCCUAUAUUUAGCAUAUACAAUUGGUCAUCUGGAUAAAACUAUACCGUUUCCUUCAAAUCCAACUGUACUUAUUGGUGGACAUGCAUUGUUACCAAAUGGUUAUCAAGAUUUUUCAAAUACAUCACGUAUAUUUAUCAUUUUGUUAGGAGCUAUCUUUAUUGGUAUUAUGAUUCAUUGUAUUCUAUUAACACUAGUUAUCACUAGAGAUUUUCUUGCAAGUUUAUGUCAACAAAAUACCAAUAUAUGGUAUGAUUCUAAUGAUGAUGUAGCAUAUUUAAUGGAUAACAGUACAACUACAUUAGAUCCUAUAAGUCGACAAUCAUCAUCAUCAGCUGGUGUACACAAUUGAAAUGGAAAAAAACUAAAAUGAUAUCAUCAACUGAAAAUAGAAAUUUCAUGGGAAUUAACUGAGGUUUGUCUAUUAAUCAACAAGACUACACUGCUAUACGAUGCUCCUCUAUCACUGCUGUUACUUGUCUAUGUUAGUGAAUUGAUAAUUUUAAGCUGAUUAAAUCUAUCCACUUAUUCUACAUAUUAAGUUUAAUCAAACAACAAUAAGAUUGUACACAAAAAGAAAUCAAAAAACGCCAACGAAAAUCUUAAUUAAUCUUCUUUUCAAGUACAUUUCAUCAUUUGUGAUAGGUUGUUUUUUAUUUAUUGUAAAAUAAUAAAACAGGAUCAACCCCCCUACCCCCCACUAAUACAUUUUAUCAUCCUUUCGUUAUUCUUCUUGUAUUUUAUUGGUUUAUUUUAAAUUAAGAACUAUUUGAACAUUGAACCAAAUAUUUAUCAAUGUGAUAUUUUCGUAUAUCUGAUCCAUUCAUUCAUUCUGAUGUAGGUUUGUUCUCUGAGCUGGACGGUUUGGUCGUGAAGCUUUCAUCGUUCUUCUGAACGACAUCAUCAGCACAAACUUCGGGUAGAAAUGAAGUGUUUGAAUUUCUUCACAUGUGAUUCAUAGCUUGUCCUGUGCACCUUGAUGUUGAUUGGUUGUUAUUGACCUUAAAUUUGUCAUUGUUUAUUUCACUUCACUUCUACCCGAAGUUUGUGCUGAUGAUGUCGUUCAGAAGAACGAUGAAAGCUCUACGACCAAACCAUCCAGCUCAGAG